AUGGGCCGCACCCGCACAAAAACGCGCAAAAACGACCUGCUCGCCUCGACAUCUAAAGUCUCCACCACAGAACCCGCCGCCGAAGAACCGCCUCUCGAGUCUUUACUAGAAAAAGCGGGCGAACUGCUCGUUCAGACCGACUACGAACUCUGCGCGCGGUUCUUGGACCGUAUACUUCGGCGUUCUCCCCACCAUGCCGCCGCAAAAGAACUGUUAGGCGUAUUGCAACUCGAAACGGGAGAUAUCGACUCUGCGCGCUCGACUUUCCAGUCGUUGAUCCCGCCCUCGCCUCACGCGCCCGCCGACGCGCCUCCGGCUGCACAUUUAUAUCUCGCGCAGUUGAGCGACGAGGACCCGCACGCCGCGUUGAGUCAUUAUGACGCGGCUGUGAAUAUACUGGAGGAGAAGUUGCGGGAUAAGGGGAAGGGCGUGGCGAUGGAGGCUGGGGAGGAGCUGGACGAGGAGGAGACGAAGAGUACGAUUGUGCGGGCGUUGAUUGGGAGUGUGGAGGUGUGGAUGGAUCCUUCCUACGAUCUAUGCUUCGAUCCCGGAGCAGAAAAUACCUGUGAAGCGCUCCUCGCCCGCGCGCUAAACGUCUCACCGGGCAAUGCCGAAGCUCUCCAAGCGCUCGCAAGCGUCCGCAUGAGCCAGUCUCGGCCCGAAGACGCCAAGGCGCUCCUCGAACAGUCAUGGUUGAGCUGGAAAGACCUUGACGCCGAGGACCCGAAGCUCCCACCCCUCCAAACACGCAUAUCCCUCUCCAAAAUCUUCCUCGAACUCGAACUCUUCACCCCCGCCCUCGAAGUCAUCCAAGGCAUCCUCGCCGCAGACGACACAGACGCCGAAGCAUGGUACCUCGACGGCUGGGCCCACUUCCUCAUCGCCGAACAGGCUCACGAGGCCGGAAAGGCGAAGGAGGAGUGGGAGGACGAGGCGAGGGAGGCGAGGGACUCGUUGGAGAGCUGUUUGGCGCUACAUGUUGCGCAGAAUCAUCCGGAUUUGCCGUUGAGGGAACAUGCGAGGGAGCUGGUGGAGAAGCUUGAGGCGUUGGGCGUUAAAGCUAGUCCGGAGGGCGAGGAGGAGGAUGGUGGGGAUUGGGAGGAUGAGGACGUUGGGAGCGAGGACGGGGAUGGAGAUGUUGAGAUGGCUUAA